CCAGCCGGAGCGGGGCGGGGGAGGGAGGAGCCAGAGCGGCCGCCGCCUCUGCCGGAGGAGCCGCGGGGCCGCCACACUCGCCCCCCGCCCCCCCCCGCGCUCACUCGCACUCACACCCGGGCGCAGGAGGCGGGCGGCCCGGGCCCCACCGGCCCCCCAUGGACGCCCCCAGCACGGGGCGCUGAGACCCCCGCGUCGCUGCCCAGCCCGGUCCAGCGCGCCACGCCGAGGGAUCUCUGGACAGGACAAGACUCCGAAGCUACUCCCCCAGCGCACAGCCCGGGACCCACAAACCCAGCUUGCCCCCAGCCCUCCCACCUGCCACUCCCUGGCCACUCCCACCGCCCGCCCCCCUUGGGGCGCAGGGCAUGGUGUGAAAGGCCAAGUGCUGAGGCGGGUAUCAUGGGUGCUGUGCCCUAGGUCCUGGGUGGCAGGGGGUGGGUGGCCUGUGGGUGUGCCGGGGGGGCCAGUGUGCCCACCCCAGUCUCUUGGCGUGCUGGAGGGCAUCCUGGAUGGAAUUGAAGUGAAUGGAACAGAAGCCAAGCAAGGUGGAGUGUGGGUCAGACCCAGAGGAGAACAGUGCCAGGUCACCAGAUGGAAAGCGAAAAAGAAAGAACGGCCAAUGUUCCCUGAAAACCAGCAUGUCAGGGUAUAUCCCUAGUUACCUGGACAAAGACGAGCAGUGUGUCGUGUGUGGGGACAAGGCAACUGGUUAUCACUACCGCUGUAUCACUUGUGAGGGCUGCAAGGGCUUCUUUCGCCGCACAAUCCAGAAGAACCUCCAUCCCACCUAUUCCUGCAAAUAUGACAGCUGCUGUGUCAUUGACAAGAUCACCCGCAAUCAGUGCCAGCUGUGCCGCUUCAAGAAGUGCAUCGCCGUGGGCAUGGCCAUGGACUUGGUUCUAGAUGAUUCGAAGCGGGUGGCCAAGCGUAAGCUGAUUGAGCAGAACCGGGAGCGGCGGCGGAAGGAGGAGAUGAUCCGAUCACUGCAGCAGCGACCAGAGCCCACUCCUGAAGAGUGGGAUCUGAUCCACAUUGCCACAGAGGCCCAUCGCAGCACCAAUGCCCAGGGCAGCCAUUGGAAACAGAGGCGGAAAUUCCUGCCCGAUGACAUUGGCCAGUCACCCAUUGUCUCCAUGCCGGACGGAGACAAGGUGGACCUGGAAGCCUUCAGCGAGUUUACCAAGAUCAUCACCCCGGCCAUCACCCGUGUGGUGGACUUUGCCAAAAAACUGCCCAUGUUCUCCGAGCUGCCUUGCGAAGACCAGAUCAUCCUCCUGAAGGGGUGCUGCAUGGAGAUCAUGUCCCUGCGGGCGGCUGUCCGCUACGACCCUGAGAGCGACACCCUGACGCUGAGUGGGGAGAUGGCUGUCAAGCGGGAGCAGCUCAAGAAUGGCGGCCUGGGCGUAGUCUCCGACGCCAUCUUUGAACUGGGCAAGUCACUCUCUGCCUUUAACCUGGAUGACACGGAAGUGGCUCUGCUACAGGCUGUGCUGCUAAUGUCAACAGACCGCUCGGGCCUGCUGUGUGUGGACAAGAUCGAGAAGAGUCAGGAGGCGUACCUGCUGGCGUUCGAGCACUACGUCAACCACCGCAAACACAACAUUCCGCACUUCUGGCCCAAGCUGCUGAUGAAGGUGACUGACCUCCGCAUGAUCGGGGCCUGCCACGCCAGCCGCUUCCUCCACAUGAAAGUCGAGUGCCCCACCGAACUCUUCCCCCCACUCUUCCUCGAGGUCUUUGAGGAUCAGGAAGUCUAAAGCCUCAGGCGGCCAGAGGGUGUGCGGAGCUGGUGGGGAGGAGCCUGGAGAGAAGGGGCAGAGCUGGGGGCUGAGGGAGACCCCCCCACACCCCUUCUCUCCUUCCUCUCGUCCUUGGAUAGAUUCAGCUCCCACACACACACCCGCACUGCCCAGGUCCCUCCUCAGACCUCCAGCCCUGGGACAGGGCAAACAAAUGAACUUGCUAUGGAAAGGACAGUGUGGGAGGCUGGGGGAGCCGUGUCCUGCAGUUCCCAGGACCCCAUCCUCUCAGAAGGUAGGGGAAGGGCGGGAGGAUUGAGAAGGGACAAGCCACCUUGACCGUAGGGGAAGGAGGAAUGUGGGCUGGGGGAAGAUGCCCUCAACUCACCCCCUACACACACAUGAGAGAGAGCCCCCACCCAGUUCCUUGGCCUAGGUCUCCCCUCCAGGCUGAGGGCCUCUCUACUUCCCCAGAUGCCUGGGUGCAAAGAACGGCUUGGCUUGGCUCCUCCUCUGGAGGUUAAAAUUUAUAGUCAUUCUAACUGCACUUUGGAAACCAAGCAAGGGGAGAAGACAAAUGAAGAAAAACUAGACAGAGAGAAAAAUACAAAAAAGAGAGAGCGAGCGAUAGAGAGAGAUGAUAUUAAGUUAUUAACUGAGGCUGACCAGAGGGGAGGACCCCCCCCUUUACCAACCCAUGCACUUUGCGAGCUGCCCCUUCUUCCCCCACAUCAGAGAGAAAUGCCCCCACACCAGAGCCCCAAGGGUAGGGCUGCCGAUCAGAGCUGUGAGUUAACACAACAGGGUCCUGGCCACCCCCCUUGCCAUACCCCGCCCUCUGUGCCCCUUUGGCACCCCCCAACCCUAGUAUGUCCUCUGCUUUCUGCCACUCGUGCCCGCUGAGUUCCAUCUACCUCUCAUGCUGGAUGCCAGCUGGCCCCUCACCAGCCUGCCCUGCUGCCCACACAGCUCCCCUUUAAGUGCCCAGCCCUAGGGGCCUCUCCCCAUCCACCUCCUCCUUCCACACCUUGGCACCCACCCAGGAAAAACUGUGGCUCCAACUCCUACCCUCCUCAUAUCCUGCAGUAUUAGCUAGAAACCGGAUGCUGCUGCAUUGGUGGGGGCGGGGGUAGGGGCGGGGGGUAGGAGGGCUGUGCGUGAGCGUCUCCCAGAACCCUCCACCCCUUUAGCACUCUGUUUCCCUGUUUCCCAUCUGUAUUCUGGGCUCUCUCUAACCUCUGCCCUCCUCCCCUGCUCCUACUCACUGCACUAACUCUGGGCGGGCAGGUACCAGAAUGGGGGUGUUUAGAUAAGUGACACUUAGUUGGGGCCCCAGGGGAGGGGUGGUCGGUGCUCCUUUUUCUUUAAAGCUCUUUUGGCCAGCUGCCCCUCUGCCCCAGGACCCCUUCCCCUCUUCUUUUCUCUAAUUCAGGGACUUUGGCUUGAGCCCCUCUCGCCCUCCUGGUGAGGGUGCUCUGUUGGUCUGCACUUGGGUGAGCUGUCCUCCUCCCCCUCCCUGUGGCUGCUGCCCACUCCUCAGGGGAGAGAGGGAGAGAGGAGGUGGUCCUCCCAUGGGAGCAGGAGGUGGGGUGGGACAGAGCAGACCAGAGGGUGCUGGGCUCAGGGCUGCAUGUCGGCAGGGAUGGAUGGGUGGACACAGAUGCCCCCGGAAGCCAUGGGGAUUGGGGCAGGGGGUGGGGGGAAGGGUGCCAGGGCUUCCUGCGCUUUGCACUAUUGGGGCAAAAAUGUCUUAAGCAGUGGGGAACCUGCCACCCCACCCUGACCCUCAGCCUGCCACAGCCCCCUACACACACACACAUACACACACACACACACACGGACAUGCACACACGGACAUGGGAAGGCAAUGCUAUGCUGCCCGUCAGGGCACUGUCCUUCCCCAAUCGUUCAGGUGUUCCAACAGGGGUGGGGGGCCUGGAGGAGCACCCGCUGUCACCUGUGCAUGUGCCUGUCCCACCCUGCCGGGGCCUCGGGCUGCCCACGCUGUCUUUGUCUCUAUCCUCUCUCUCUCUCCUGGAGUACUGAAUCCUGUAUUACUCCAGUCCCAUGGGUAGGCCCUCUUGUACCUUCCUACCACGCCUGGGGGCCCAGUGGAAUUCCUGACCUGUCUGCUGUCUUCCCCAUCCCUCCAUCCCCAACCCAACCCCUCCAUCCCCAUUCUCAGCCAUGGACACGGCAGAGAAAAGGCCUUGAAGAGCCUUAGCCUCUUAUAGGCACUUGGGACUCCCCCACCCUCCCCAAUCAUAUGAGCUGUGAUCCCAUCUUCCCCGGACCCCUCCCUUCCCCCUCGGUUAUGUGGGGUGUAUGUGUGCGUUCCUCUGCGUGAAUGUGUGAGUGAGUACACAUGGUAGGGGAGGAGCCAGGGCGACUCAGGAGUGCCACGCACCUGCUCUAGAGCGGCAGCUGUCCCAGUCCCUGCUGUGGAAGUGGGGGACAGGGCCCUCUCCUGGGGGCCAUUGGUGCUAAUGAGGGGGAUGGCCUUGAUGUGGGUGCUCAGCAUGCCUCCCCCAGUAUUGGCCCGGGGCACUAGGGCAGGCAGGGUGGAGCAGCAGGUGCAGUAUCGGUGGGAGGACGGGUUGCUGGGAAUAGGACGAGGGGGCCAGGCCAGGACAAGGGGGUGCCAGAGCCAUGACCACUACCCCGCCCCCACCACCCGCCUCUCCAUCUCAGUAUUGCCCCUCCCAUCACUCAUAACACACAUACCUCAUCCAGCCUCCUCCCUGCUCAGACUUGGGGAGGGUGGGGGAGGAGCCCCUACCCCUUCUCCUGGUGGCGGGUCUGCAGGGCUGGGAGAGGGCAGGGCGUUGUGAGAGAGACACCGUCCAUAAGGACAGUAACUCCUGCCCUGGGAACUCCUGGGCGGGGGGGAGGGGGACACUGCCCAGAGGCGCUACUGAAUGUAUGAGAAGCUGGUGCUGGGCUGGGGGGAGGGGGGUUGUGGCCAGAAACAGGGAAGGAGGUAGGUCUCUUCCCCAGGGAGGGGUGGGACCGGCAGGGGUGACUUGAGGGGCUCCUACUCCUGCCCCACGUUGACAAUCAGUAUGUCUGUUAUGUGCGAUUUUUCACCCCGUUGUGUUUUGGGUCAGGAUUUUAAAGAAAGAUAUUUUUAUGGUAAUUGUUGCUCGUCUAUUUUACUAUAUAUUUAUGUAAUAAAUAUAUGAUGAAAAUAACCCCCUUGGGCACCCCCCUUA